ACAUUGCUAUCUAACUGACGGCAAAAACCCUAAUUUUCAUUUUCAGCUCUUCUUUCACCACAAACCUCCGAAUCUGGUGAUUUUGAUGGAUCCAAGUUGAAAGUGUUGAUCUUUUGUUAGUAAAAGAUGGAUUUUGUCUCAAGAGAUAUAAUCAGCAGUCUACCUAAUCCUCUAGUAUCCCACAUCUUGUCUUUCCUUCCCACAAAAGAAGCAGCUUCUACGUCGGUCCUCUCCAAAAAAUGGCGUUAUUUGUUUGCGUAUGUAACAAAUCUUGAGUUUGAUGACUCGGACUAUCAGCAUGAUAAACCAAAAAGCGAUGAUGAACUUAGUACAAGUUUUAUGGAAUUUGUGGACAGAGUUUUGGCUUUGCAAGGGAAUGGUACCAUAAACAGAUUCUCUCUAGACUGUUCUAAUUAUGAUGUUGAUCUAGCUCGUGUUACUGGUUGGAUUUUGAAUGUCUUAGGACGCGGUGUAUCAGAUCUUGAUCUAAGCCUCUUGGAGUAUUCCUUACCUUCCGAGAUCUUUGUGAGUAAGACUCUGGUUAAGCUGAAAUUAGGACCGGCAAAUGAUCUCACUCUCACCAUUGAUAGGAAAGAUGUUUUUCUUCCAAAGCUUAAGACUCUCUAUAUUGAUUCUGUUGAGGUUCAAGAGCGUGGUUUUGGUUUUGUAAAGCUUCUCUCUGGCUGUCCCGUGCUCGAGGAGUUAGUUCUGAUGAAUAUCGGGUGGGAAAACUGGAAGUUUUGCUCUGUGUCUGUUAAAACCCUCAAGAGGCUGACGUUUUUCUGUGAAGACAGUUAUGAGAAUCCAAAGAGCGUGUCAUUUGAUACUCCAAACCUUGUUUACCUAGAAUAUUCUGAUGCUAUUGCGGGCAAGUAUCCAAAAGUGAACUUUAAUUCGCUCGUUGAAGCUCAUAUUGGUCUUCGACUGACAGAAGAUCAGAGUGGAGAUGCAGACUUUUCAGAAGAAGACUAUUUCUCAGAAGAUGAUGAGCAAAACCAGAUGGUCGGUAAUGCAACAGAUUUUCUUAAGGGAAUAAGCACUGUUCAAAUCCUUUACCUAUCUGCCGAAGCUAUUAAGGUACUUACUUUCUGCUGUGAGCCAAUACCGGUUUUCAACAACCUGUUUCAGUUAACGAUCGAGAAUAACUCGGAAAUAAGAUGGGAUUCGCUGCCAAGUCUACUCAAGAACUGUCCAAAUCUGGAAAUCCUUGUUUUAAAGCGUCUUGUCCACAAGUAUAACAAGGCAUGUGGGAACGUGUGCUGUUGUAAGCGUCCGAAGCAGCCUUCUUGCCUUUCAUCUUCUCCGGUGAAGGUUCUAAAGAUAUUUCUGUUUGAUGACAACGAUGAAGAAGACGGGUCAGAAAUGCGGCAGAUCAAGUAUUUCUUGGAGAAAAUGCCGCGUCUUGAAGAGUUGAUAGUAUACUACAAUACAUCAUAUGACCCUGCUGUGUUAGAAUUAUCCAAGAAGCUUCAGAAGAUUCCUAAGAUAGCUUCACCAAAGUGCAAGAUUCAGGUAAUCUCUGAGAAUCUUAGUUUGUCAUCUACUGUUCCUUCUUUCUUAACAACGAGAUGGUCUUCUCUUCCUACUGAAGAAGAAUAUCCCUGGGUUGAGUCUCCUCCUCCCCAAAUAAUAGAUCCCAUGUUACAGUAUGGUUCUCCUCCAGAAGAUGAAGAUUCCUGGUUGUACUAGGCUUUGAUCUAAAAUCAACGCAUUUCAAUAUUUCCUCUGUUUCUGUCGUUGGUACUUACUUGUUGUACUCUGGCUUUUGUCCUUUUUGAAACUGAGAAUGUUAAACUUUAUGUCGUUUGUUUCCCUUCUUCUGUCGUGUUAAAAGUAAAAACUGUUUGUACUUUUGGAGAAUCCUUUUAGUGUGAACGCAAAUAUCUUUCGAUUUU